UCUUUAUCUUUUCUCACCACCGGUCACAUCUUGAAUCUUACAUCACUCAUAAUGGCUCCCUCUACCGUCAAGCUCGCAUCUGGCCACGAAAUGCCCUUGGUUGGCUUUGGCCUCUGGAAAGUUCCCGCCGACCAAGCAGCUGAGACAGUCUACAAUGCCAUCAAGUCCGGAUACAGACUCUUCGACGGAGCAUACGAUUACCAAAACGAAAAGGAAGCGGGCCAAGGUAUCCAGCGCGCUAUCAAGGAGGGACUUGUGAAGCGUGAGGGUAUCUUUAUCACCACGAAGCUUUGGAAUAACUACCACGCGAAAGAACAUGCCCUUGCUUUUGCCAAGUCCCAGAAUGAGGCGUGGGGUCUUGGAUAUAUCGAUCUGUAUCUCAUUCACUUCCCGGUUGCCCUCGAGUAUAUUGAGCCCGAGAAGCGGCGCUAUCCUGCCUGGUGGAUGGAUGAUCAGGGUACUGUCAAGCCGGCUAACGUCCCCAUCCGCGAGACAUGGGAGGCGCUCGAGGAAGUUGUCGACCAAGGUAUCGCCAAGUCCAUCGGCGUGUCGAACUUCCAAGCCCAGUCCCUUUACGAUGUGCAACGCUACACGCGUCACCCUAUAUCCUCUCUGCAGGUCGAACACCAUCCCUACCUUGUCCAGCCAGACCUGAUUGCCAUGGCUCAAGAGAACAACAUCGCUGUCACAGCCUACUCAUCAUUUGGGCCCCAGAGCUUCAAGGAGCUCCCCGGCAUCUUUUCUAAGAGAGCUCACGGUGCCGAGCCACUUCUUGAGUCUAGUCUCAUUAAGGGCAUUGCUGGAAAAUAUGGUAAGACUCCUGCUCAGGUUCUGCUACGGUGGGCGACGCAGCGCAACGUUGCUGUCAUUCCCAAGUCAAACAACCCCAGCCGCCUGGCGCAGAAUCUGGAUGUUGUGAGUUUUGACCUUUCUCAAGAAGAAAUUGAGAGCAUCUCUGCUCUGGACCGCGGAUUAAGGUUCAAUGAUCCUGGCUUUUAUCUUCCUAACUUUCCUCUCCGUAUCUUUGCUUAAGCUAGGGAUUGGGUGGUAU